AUGGCCAGCUACAAAGUGUAUUACUUUCCAAUCAAAGCCAGAGGAGAGCCUAUUAGGUUGCUUCUUGCUUAUAAGGUAUUCAAAUAUGAAGAUAUUCGAGUCCCUUUUGAUAAAUGGCUGAAACCAAAACCCAAUAUGCCAUUUGGUUCUAUGCCUGUUCUUGAGGAAGAUGAAACAGAUAUCCUCAAGGAUUAUCCUGGCCUAGCUAAGGCUAAAGCUAAUGUUGAAGGUGAUGCUAAUAUUGCCAAGUGGCUAGCAGAAAGUGCCCCAGAGUCAAUGGUAAUAAGGAUAGAACCAGAGGUAGAGAGGGAGGAGAAGAAAAGAGUUCAGAGACAAGCUAUCAAAUUAGGAGACGAGUUAAUGUUCCGGGGUGGUCACCGUAGCAACAGACCUCAACAACCGUCGAGAUUAUUCCGCUCCUGGGGCCCUUGA